AUGUCGAUACAUAUUCGCAGAGGAUUGAUCUAUUUGUUUCCGCAGAACUCUUCUUUUCUAUGCAAGUCUCGUGUUUUUUUCUCUACUUCUAAGGUAAAGCAACCUCCAACCACACCUACUGUUUCUGAAUGCUUGAUGCAAAAGUACAAUUUCCAUCCUAACGCAGCUUCACGGUUUGCCUCUGCUUUAACCAGUCUGAAAAACCCGACAAAAUCUAGUUUGAAAUCCUGGCCACAGUUGCUCUCCGUCAACCUUGAGAAGAUUGUCAAGCCCAAAAUCAAGAUUUUCCAAGAGUUUGGCUUCUCGGCCAAUGAUAUUGUCGAUAUCAUCUUGAAAGAACCGUCAGUUCUGCAUUCUAGCGCAAACAAGAGAUUCAUCCCCUCAUUGACUGUGUUGAGAGGUUUAUUGGGAUCCACAGCUGAAGUGGCUAAGUUUUUGAAGAUUUCUGGUUGGUAUUUGAAAAAUGAUUUAGAGAGCUCUUUGGUACCUAAUAUCAAACUCUUGCAUAGUUGUGGGAUACCCAUGAAGAAAAUCAAUUGGCUUAUGCGUUAUUUUCCUAGGUUUAUCCUGCAGAAUCCGAAAACCAUGAAAAAACUUGUUGAAAAGGCUGAUCGACUGGGGGCCGAUAGGAGUUCCAAAAUGUUUAUUCAUGCUGUUCGGAUAGUUAGUUCGUUGAGCAAUGAGACUUUGGAACUCAAGAAGAAGACAUUUCGGGAUUUGGGGUUUUCGGAAGAUGACAUAUUGAGAGUCUUUAGGACACAACCUCAGGUGUUUGCCACAUCAGAAGAGAAGAUUAAGAAUGUAAAAGAGGUGGUUCUUGCCACUGGGAAGUAUGAUCUGUCAUGUAUUGUCAACAACCCAACAGCAGUUACUCGCAGCAUCGAGAAGAGGUAUAAGCCACGUUUUCAAGUGUUAGAGAUUUUGGAAGGUAAGAAUUUGAUAACAAACUGGCCUGGUUUUCCAACCCUUUUCAAAAUGACAGACAAGAACUUCUUUGAGAAAUUUGUCCAUCCCUACUCAGAUGAAGUUGGUGAGGUUUAUAUGGCAAAAGGUGGCCUUAGUGGCAAAAGACGGGUGUAGUUGUACCAUCCUCUGAAAGAACUAUAAUUGAGUCAUUAGUAAAUCAACUCGGGAUCACUAACUCCUGCUGGCCGUGGGUUAAUUUUGUGGCUUCAGGUGGAAACUAAGUUUAUGAAGGUCAGCAGAAAUGGCCACAUUCAGAAUAUGUCGAAGUUGGAACCAGUAAGAUGCUGUCUUUAUAGAAUCUGAAAAGCAGCCGUAAAAAAUAUUUCUGUUGCAGAUGAUGCUCUUUUCAAUAUCCCCAUUGCUAACUGAACGGCCUUGUUGAUUGAUGACAAAUGGGCAGAGCAAGAUUUGUAGUAUUGAAUUUGCUAAUAUAAGUCCCAUUUACUGCUUGUUUGUUUGAGUAGGUUAAGUCAAAAGGCCAUGAACUUGAGAGGAACUGUGAUCGUUUUGCUAUACUCAAUUGAGAGCUUUAGUGAUUUUGUUGCUUUUAGCUCUUGUACAGAAAUGGUUUGUGUUUCAUCUGUCAAAUGGGUUCCAUUGUAAUGGUUGUAUCUUCACUUGUUAGGAAAAUUACCCUAUUUAUAGUUGUAGAGUGGAUGACUUUUGCCAUAGUUACUUGAUGAGGUAGCGUGAUUUGAUUGGCCUUCAUGAUUCAAUUGGAAUUUAUUUCCUGAAUCACAAGAUGUGACUGGUAUUUAUUUUCUUAUUGGCAAGACAAGAUUUUUGAGUCACUGGCGAUUAACAUGACGGUAGGAGGCUUCCUUUCCUGAUCUUGUUUUGCUAAAUGAAUUGUAAGUGGUGAUGAUUGAGUAGGACGAAGUUUUAAGUGAUUACUGUUUUCGCAUGUCCUGGUGGAUUUACCUUGUUCAAAUGCCAUGUCUACUGCAUGAUUUGUUUGGUCAUUACUACGAUCAGACUAAUUUGUUUGGUUUUCAUUGUAUGAUGGACAAUAGUUUUUCUGGGUCAUGAGUUCUGCAAGUUAAACGGUUCCCAGAAUGAAAUGGCGAGAGAAAAUCUAUUUACAAAAUGUAAUGUGUCUGUCUGUGUGUAAGAGAGAGAGAGGGAGAGAUUGCAACAGUGUUGGUUUAUUACAUCCUAAUGUUGUCACCCUGUCUGCAUGCUCAAUCUCUCAUCACUCACCCAUCAACGGUUUACUCAACGCACCAUCGAUACACAAAUGUGAGGACACUAACAAAUCUAAGUUCUCUUCAAAACAAAAACCAACAAAUCUAGGUUACGAACCUAGGCCGAAUUUUUCUCUUACAGCAAAUCUGUCCGUUCCUACAUUUGGCUUAACCAUGCCAUCAUCCCUUUUCAUCUCCGUUCCUCCACUCCCCCAUGGAGGAGCCGGAGAAAUCUCAAUCUGAUGAAAAGGAUGAAACCCAUCGCUCUCUUUCCCAUGAAACCAGCACCCUACCGGACAAAACAACAGAUGCUGCCACCUCCACCACUGCCCCAAUCACCGAAGCCCACUUUCCAGUCAAGGACAUACGUCGUUCAGAUACCGAAAGAUCAAAUCUACCAUGUCCCCCCACCGGAGAACGCCCACAUGUUAGAGGAACGCGCCCGCAAUCCGCCCAAGAAGAAGAGGUCUUCAUGUUGCUUGUGUUCUUGCCUAUCCUCACUGUGUGGAGGUAAAAAACCGGGCUAAGCGAUGUCGCUUAUGACUAACGAAAGUCGUAGCACUGGCUGAUUUUGUGAGGGGAGAUUGGCGAGAUGGAGCAGCAAAAUAUGCGACAGCAACGACGCACUAUUUUGCUUACUGAUUCGAGAUUGUUGUAACUUUCUUUCUUAUGUUCCUUCGUCUUUUUCCUGUAUUCUUACAGAUGGUGAGAUAGAAAUCAGAAAAGAUCAUACGUUA